GUUGCCCUUUGCGAUAAUCUCGAAUUGCCUUUUCGCGAUGAAUCAUUCGAUGCGGUGCUAUCCAUUGCCGUGGUGCAUCAUUUCGCCACCACCGAGCGGCGAGUUAAUGCCCUCCGCGAAUUGGCACGCAUUUUACGAAUUGGUGGUCGGGUUGUAAUAACCGUUUGGGCACUGGAACAACGACAUCGACGUUUUGAAUCGCAGGAUGUCCUAAUACCAUGGCAACCACCAAAAAAUCGUAAUUUUAACUAUUCCGAUGAAGAAGAUGAUGAGGAUUUCUUGCCACCCUAUCAUGCCUACACAGAGGAUUCAACAAAUUCAAGUCGUUCGGCAGGAGAUGGUGAUAGUUCGAGCUUAUCUUCCUCAUCACCAGGCGAAUCGUGUUAUAGUUUUGUGAGAAGGGCAAUACAGAAACUAGCCGGCGGCCGCAAACAUGCCUGGUUCUUGGAAUCGUGGACCUCCAAAGAUACCAAAAACGACAGCAGCAUGGACUAUGAAGAUGCCAAAGAUCUGCCCAUCGAACUGAGACGUUUGGAAGAUUUUGAAGAUUUCACCGAUCCACCACUAUCGGCGGGUCUUAAAUCACGCAGUCUGGGUAGUAUACUCAAUCCACCACCACGACAAAUUGUACGCUCACGUUCAAGUGUACCUAGUCUGGGUGGUCCUCUGGUCCCUUGCCAAGAGAGUGGUAAUAAAAAUCUGCAAUUCCUCGAUGCUCCACAAUAUGGAGUUCCCUCGUCCUCGGGUUCCCCCAAUUCCAGUGGGCACUCCAAUGGCCAUUCACCCAUCAAUCAUGCCAGUACUUCGCCCAAUACAACAACUCUUUUAACCUCCAGCUCCGCAUCAGCAGCCACAACAAAUCUCAGUCGCCGUCCUAAACUUAUCAAACAAAAACAAUCGCUAUGCGAUGAAGAUUAUCAACUGCCAGAUACCCCUUUCCAUAUGUUGAGUCAAUACAAUGUGACAACAAAUGGUGUGACCAAUACGCUAUAUUCUCCCAAGGCGGGUCAUCGUUCGGAUUCGGGUCAUUUGACCACGAGACAAAUGAGAAAACAAAGUUCGCUGAAUGAGGAGUUGAUGGCGGGUAAUCGGAUAAGGGAAAAGGAAAGGGUGCGCAAACGAAUACAAAAACAAAUGUCGCUGAAUGAGGCAUUUCUGUGUCGUUCCGCUCUCUUUUCGAAGAGGCUGCAGGUUAUACGAGAAGGCUUCACAAGUAAAAUUAAAAGUUCAACGGGUAGCUUGGAGAGGGUAACCAAAACGGGUAUUACAAAAAUCAUGCAGAAUCUCAAGACGGCGAAUAAUGCGGAGGAGAGUGGCAGCGGAAUGGCAAAUGGCCCCAGUCCAAGUAAUGUUAAGGCCUCUAAGGCAGCCAUGUGUACCCAUGAACACCAUCAUCAUCACCACCAUCAGCAGCAACAGCAACAUUAUCAGCAGCCGCAGCCGAACUCCCCCUUAGUUAGUAAUUUCCAGACCCAUUUACAUCAUCUGUUGCAUCGCCAAAAUACCGCUCCAACGACCAAUAAAUUUGCCGGACCGGUAACCAUUUGUAAAAGUUUGGAAUGUGCCGCCACCGCCUGCUACUGUCAAACCUAUCAUCAGGGUUGUUCACAAUGUAACGCCGAGAGUAGUGAGGAGAAGGCCCGUAGGCAUUCCCGAGAAUCUGGUUCUGAUUCGUCCAAGGAUAGUAGCCUACAAUCGGAUACCAGUAUAGAGUCUGAAGAUAGUUUUGCCUCCGUCAUCUUUAUACCCAAACCAGAGCAACAUCAGCAACAGCUGAACUAUCAAAAACAACAUCAAAAUUCAAAUUCCAGUUCGAGUAAUUCCUCCUCGAGUAAUGGGGGUGGCAGUGGUGGUUGCUAUGUCCACAAGACCUGUUGCCAGAGUCGUUGUGUUUCGGCCACAUCCUCCAACCUGGGUGGUGGUGGCGCCCAAUGUUGUAAACUAGACAUUAAUGGUCAUCGUAUAUCCUCCGUGCCAACUUCGCCGCUAAUUAUGCCCUGUCCUCCCACACCUGCCCAUUCACCGGCUGCGGCCCAGACUCAGGUCACCUCACCGCCACAAUCGGUGCCAGCUGUUGUGGCGGCCAUGGCCAUGUUUACACCACCAGCCGUGGCGGCUGCCAAAACG